AUGCUUCAGUCCCUUGCCGCGGUGGUUUUCUCCUCGGUGGAGCUGCCAUAUGAAGACCUCUUGCGCCAGCAGCUCGGAGGGAUCAAACGACAGUUCCUCAAGGAGCACGAAUGUCUGUCCGAGGAAAGGCUGGAGAGGUUUCUGUCCAAAGCGCUGGAGGCCAGCAACUAUGGGGUGUCUAUUCUCAACAACGCGUCGGCCAACUGGAACUGGGACUUCACCUCGUCUUUGUUUUUCGCUAGCACUGUCUUAUCAACCACAGUGUAUCUCCUCCUCGGCCUGAUUGCCAUGCUGGUGGUGUUGGAGACCUUCUGUGAGCUGCAGCAGUUGAAGCAGCUGAGGAAGAUGUUUUAUCUGAAGAAGGAGAAGCCCCAGGACCGUCUGGCCAUCAUGGAACAUGACCAUCUGACCUUUAGCUCCAUGCCAGACGGUACCGCCAACUCACCCCAGGAGGACAAAACCGAACCCUUUGUGGACUUCCCUGUCCUAACCUCUCCAGGAGUGUAUCUCCUCCUCGGCCUGAUUGCCAUGCUGGUGGUGUUGGAGACCUUCUGUGAGCUGCAACAGUUGAAGCAGCUGAGGAAGAUGUUUUAUCUGAAGAAGGAGAAGCCCCAGGACCGUCUGGCCAUCAUGGAACAUGACCAUCUGACCUUUAGCUCCAUGCCAGACGGUACCGCCAACUCACCCCAGGAGGACAAAACCGAACCCUUUGUGGACUUCCCUGUCCUAACCUCUCCAGGAGGUGAUGACCCCAUGAUCAAAUAG